CUUCAAUUAUUUUGUUAUCUGCAACCGAUGAACUUACCACGAUAGGUCGAAAGGUUAUGUGAAAGCGUCACUUUUGCUGCUGACUUGUGAGAACUCACUGAAUGAUUAGCUUCUAGGUGUGAAAGUUGACAGUUAUCCGACAAAAUGAUAUUUUUAGAAAGUUAUGUUAUGAUUUAACUUGUAAGUAAGUAAACUGAUUACGUAGUGAGUCUCACACGAUAUAUAUAGGUUUACCCACCCUUAUUAUUCUAGAAACUCACUGUCAAACUAACGUGCUAGUUCAUUUUUGACUUUCGCAAGAUUGGAGCAUUCUGUACUGCGAAAUAUUAUCGGAAUUUUUAAGCUAUUGUGAAUUGAAAAUGUCUGUUAAUGAAGAAAUUGCGAAAGUAUCAGAAGCUGCAGAUGAAAUCAGUCAAGAUUCAUUAUACAGUGAAAUGUCGAAGUUGAGGUUAAAAGAUGCGGUCAUUUAUUACGAAAGCUUGCUUGCUGAAAAUAAUUUGAUUACAUCGGAAUCUUCAACUUCAAUUUCUCGUGAAGCAAUGUUGAUGGGUGAAGAAAUUUACGAACGUACUAUGGACAUGCUGGCUGAAAAAAUACUUGUGACUGAUGAUGAACUUGCUCAUGAAAAUGAAAACUGUGACGAGGAACCUUUUGAAAAUGUCGAAGACCAUAGCUCAUCAGAUGAAUAUGAACCAGAAGGAAAAAAAAAGAGAGAGGUAGACCAUCUUUCUUUUGAUUACAAAAUUAAAGUUGUUAAUAUCGCAAAGGCUCACCCCACGUGGAAUCUACAAACAUUGCAAAAAAAAGGAUGCAGUCGGUAUGCCUGGUAUGCUUCCAAACUUUCUGAUAAAAGAGAAAUUUUUAUGAAUAUAAACGAAGUAUGUUUUCCAACAGAUCUAUUAAAAAAAUGUUGUUCGUGUAAACAAUCAUCCUUUAUAAAUUGUGCAAGAUGUCAAAAUAGUUUUUGUUUUCAAUGUUUUUAUGAUAAUUAUCAUUCUGGUGCUUGUACGUAAAAUAAAAAAUUGACAAAUAAAGACAA